AUGUUGAAUUUGACUGAUAUUCAAAAAAUCGGUUUAGCUCUGAUGACUAUGGGUAUUGCAUUCUUUGGUCUUGGCAUGAUGCUUCUGUUCGAUGCUGGCCUACUCGCCUUGGGAAAUAUUCUUUUUAUUUUUGGACUUGGCUUGUUCAUUGGUGCCGAUCGCAUAAUUCGCUUCUUCUUCCAACGGCAUAAAUUGAAGGGGACGUCCUUCUUUCUGGGGGGCAUUUUCGCGGUUCUCCUUGGAUUCCCACUCAUUGGAACAUUAAUUGAACUUUAUGGAUCCUUCUGUCUCUUCGGCGGUUUUGUGCCGGUUGUUAUUCAAUUCCUCUACAACAUCCCCGUUAUCGGAUGGAUUCUUUAUCUGCCAUUUAUUAACAGAGUAUGCCGUCGUCGUAGCGCUCAGCGGUCAAUCCAAGUCGAUGGUAUAAAGACAUUUGUCUUCUUGUUGUACAUAAGCGUGCUCAUGCCCUACAGGUUCCGACACUGCCAACUCGGUGUGCAAAGUGGCAUUCAAGACAAACAGCGAACUCCCUUACUUCAGCAUAGUGUGGGAGGAACACGUCGCUCAAUUCUCGCAUUGUUAAAGAUAGGCGCCGCUCCUACAUGGCCUCCUGAUGAAUUGCGUGAGGCCACGUAA